AUGAACGCCCACGAACACCUACGAACACCCAAAGAACAUCCACGAACACAAAGAAGAAAGGGUAAGAACACCCAAAAAAGUGCGCCAAAUCCAGCUUCAGGUUAUUCUGGCCUGAGGGUGUGGUGUAAGUGAACCUACCCGUACCUCACCCCCACACCACACCCUCAGGCUAGAAUAACCUGAAGAUGGAUUUGACGCACUUUUUUGGGUGUUCUUACCCUUUCUUCUGUGUGUUCGUGGAUGUUCGUGGGCGUUCAUUCAAAAUAUAUGUUUAAAAAGCGAAACUAUAAAAAGUUUUUUGGGUGUUCGUUAGACGUUGCUAUACUCAGCUCGACGAGCUCUAU